AUGUGCGUAACACCCCCUGUAACCACCUCGAAUGUUGAAAGCUGCCGAUGGCGUAUUUCGCGUGACGUCAGAGGAAACUCUUUAUUUGCAAAACGUUUUCUCAUUCCUUUUUUUUUUUAUUUUAAUCUUUUUUUUUUCUCUUCAUCUAUUUUUCUACCCACGCCUUCUUUCUUCUUUUGCCUCCACAAUUUCAUCAUCUCUCUCCUCCUCUCUUUCUCUCACUCUCUCUCUCUCUCUCUCACACAUACAAACACACCCACAUUCAUUCUCUCUCUCUCUCUCUCUCCAUCUCUUUCUCACCAUUUUUCACUGUCCCUCACGCACACACGCUCACACACUGUCGAUAAUCUCUCUCCCUCCAUUUUCCUCUCUCUCUCUCUCUCUCUCUCUCUCUCUCUCUCUCUCUCUCUCUCUCUCUUUAUCAUUCUCUUUCUUUGUUUCACGACUGUAACUGUAGUUUCCUUCCUAAUACCGCCUCUCCUCGGUGUCCUUCUCUCAUACUCCCUCCCUCUAUGCUUUCUCUUUUUAUCGAUUCUUUUUUUUCCUCCUUUCUUUUUUUAA